AUGAUGUUGUGGCCACGUGGGGAUCCUAAAAAUUUAUCAAACAUGAAAAAAGGGGAAGAUUGGCUCAGAUGGUUUGUAAAGGAUGGAGUCGUAUACGAAUAUAUUAGGAGACCUCUUCGUAUGAAAUUUCCAGAUUUAUUUACUCCCGCAACAAAAAAAGGUAACUCUAUAAAAAGCAAGAAAUUACAGAGGUCCAAAGAGCGGGUUAUUUUUUUCCUUCGGUCCUUCGGUCCUUCGCUCAUAGUUCAGAAAAGCGAACUAAUCUUAGCAUAUUAUAACUUAGAGAAGCAUCUUGACCACUAUAAGAAAACCGAGGAGGAACACGAGGCUCAGAAGAGGGUCAACGAUGAAGUCAGAGGCCAGCUCCCAAAAGAAGUCACCAAGUAUACAAUCCGGAAGAAAACAGAAGGCGCCCGAAAGGUUUAUGAUCUGUUUUUUCGUAUUAGCGAUGAUAAAAUAGGGCGGGUGGUUAAUAUCCGGCAAAUAAAAACCUUUUCAGCAUCAUCUAUCGCAAAAUUAAGUUGGGAUGACAUCUUAUAUGUCGCAACACAGGUUAAGAAGAAUAAUAGAGUUAGUGCAUAA